AUGUCGAAUGUUAAAAACAAGAGCAUUCCAGUGACAAUAGUGCAUGGUUUGAGGGAAUCUGCAAGGGAUUUAAUGGAACAAGCACGACAAUGGCCCAAUAUCACAGUGGCAACACCACGAAUUCAAGAUAGAUAUGGUGUUCAUCAUACCAAAGCUAUGCUACUGUUCUUUAGAGACUCGAUUCAGUUGAUUGUGAUGACGGCAAAUAUGAUCCCUCAAGAUUGGCAAGUCAUGACACAAGGUGUUUAUCGAUCUCCUAAAUGUUCCUUCAAGACAAACAAUCCAACAUCGGCAGCAUCUCCGUUUGAAACUGAUUUGAUAAAGUAUUUGCGAGCAUAUAAUCUGUCUUGUCUUGGCUCAACCAUCGCCUCUGUAUCACGCUAUGAUUGGUCUGUAUGCAAGGCCAUCUUGAUUGCGUCUGUGCCAGGGUAUCACCGACAGAGUGGAUCAUCAUUCUGUAAUUGGGGCCUCCAGAGAUUAGCAGAAGUGCUCUGCCAGUAUGUAACAUUGCCCACAUACAACUGUCAGAAUUCGCAAAUCAUUAUGCAGUGCUCUAGUAUGCCCCAUUCCCCAGAGAAAUGGUUCAAAGAACAGGUGAGUCGAGCCAUGGCUGAAUUCAAGAAUAGAAGAUCAACGCUGUCAAUCAAAUCUCCUCGGGUAUGCGUUGUUUAUCCGACAGUAACCGCAGCAUCAAACAGCUUUACUGGGAGAGACAUGAGUGGUGAUUUCUUGAGAUUUGAAAAAGCUUCUUACGGUAAAAACCAUUCCUGGUUUGAUCCAUACUUGUAUGAGUGGAAAAGCGAACGAGCAGGUCGACAAUUCCUCAUGCCUCACAUCAAAACUUAUACGCGAACCUAUCAAGACAAGAAUGGAAAAAUACACAUUGCAUGGCACCUCUUGACAUCGGCUAACCUCAGUCGUGCAGCUUGGGGCGAAUAUCAAAAAAACAGGACACAAAUUUAUAUCAAAAGCUUUGAAUUGGGCGUUUUAUUUUGUCCGUCUUUGUGGGAUGACAAUGCCGACUUGGUGCCUGAUAAUGAUCUGGAUAGUAUGCAAGAGAGAUCCAGCGGAACAGAGGUAGCUGAAAUCAAGGUUCGACUUCCUUUUGAUUUGCCUUUGAUACAUCAUCCGGAGCCAUUGCAAUGCUUUACCCGACUAACAUAA